CGAGUUACAUACGAUGAUUGCUGACAUCGUGUUACAUGCUUGUACCUUACUAAGAAGUAUACUGCUGUCUAGAGUGAACCAAUUGUUUAAUGAUGUCGGUGAAGAAUGAAAAAAUUGGAAUAGUUGGCAGCGGCUUAAUCGGUCGCAGUUGGGCAAUGCUUUUUGCUAGUGUAGGAUAUGAAGUAAUUAUUUAUGACAUUGUAAAUGAGCAAAUUAAAAAAGCCCUUGAAGAUAUUCAACAGCAAUUAAAACGACUUGAAAAUGGCGGCCUUUUACGAGGUGUACUUUCUGCGGAUCAACAAUUUAAGCUAAUCAAAGGAUCGUCUAAUUUGGCUGAAACCGUAAAAGGGGCCAAGCUUAUUCAAGAAUGUGUUCCUGAAAAUCUACCGUUAAAAUUAAAGGUUUACAAUGAACUUGAUAAUGUAGUCGACGAUAAAGUAAUUUUGUCUUCAUCAACGUCCACGUUCCGUCCAUCUUUAUUUAGUGAAAAAUUAAAACAUCGUGAGCAAGUAAUCGUAUCACACCCAGUGAAUCCUCCGUACUAUGUACCGCUCGUAGAAAUUGUACCCGCACCAUGGACUCGUGCUGAAAUACCAUUGCAGACAAAGUCUAUUAUGACUGAAAUAGGCCAAGCACCCGUUGUACUUAGUAGAGAAAUUGAUGGUUUCGCGCUCAACAGAAUACAAUAUGCGAUCUUAAACGAAGCAUGGAGAUUAGUAGCUGAUGGAGUAUUGAGCGCAAAAGACGUAGAUGCAGUUAUGAGCGAAGGUCUUGGUAUGCGAUACGCAUUCCUCGGUGCUUUUGAAGCUGCGCAUUUAAAUGCGGAAGGAAUGAAAAAGUACUGUGAAACAUAUAAAAAUUCAAUGUAUAAUGUCAGUAUGACGUUUGGUCCAGUUCCUAAAUUUGAAGGCGAGAUGGCGGAACGAGUUAGUAACGAACUCAAUCAAAUGUGUCCAUUGGACAAACUUCAAGAGAGACGUGCGUGGAGAGACGAAGCUUUGACAAAAUUGUCUUUGUUAAAGAAAGAAUUGAACAACAAAAAAUAAAAGCAUAUGUUGGAAUUAUUUCAUGUUGGUGUGCAUGUAAUUAAUGAAGUUUAAAUAAAAAUUGUAUUUCUACAAUCAGUUAAGAG